AUGCAUCCAGGACGUAGACGCGCCUCCACCGCCCCUCAUCGGCAUCAAAACUUCUCCUCUCCUCCCACACAUCAUCAUCGCCAAAAACAACUUCGCAACCAUGGCUGGCACCCUCACGGAGAAGCACCUGGGCAGCCUCCCCCCCGUGAUAUCGCGGCGGCUCUGCGAAAAGGCCGGCAGCGCCAACGACCAGCUCACCCCGGCCGAGCGCUGGCUCUUCCUCAGCCGCCUCGACCUUGCCGGUCAGGCCCUCGCCGCCCCCUCCUCGCUCUCCCCCGCGCAGCUCGACCAGCUCCGCGGGCGCCCGCCUCCGUCCAAGAGGUGGUGCGCGCGCACUGGGCGCCGGACCGCAUCGACCGGCUGAGCCGCGCGGCGAUGGAGACGGUGGCCGGCGGGUGGUGGACCUUUGAGACAUUUCGGGUGUACGGCGACGACGAGGAGGACGGGGGGGAGGAUGAGGCGGUGCUGGCGGCGGCGGAGCAGGUGGCGGAGGGGCAGAGGCCGGAGGAGGUGGAUUUCGAGGCCGAGGUGGCGUAUCGGUUUUGUGAGAUGGUCGGGGAGGAGGAGGAGGAGGAGGAGGGGGAGGAGGAGGCGCCGCGCAUGGAGGAGGCGGAUAGGACGGAGGAGGAGCUGGAUGCGCUGCGAGAGGAGCACCUGGCGAGGCGGGCGAAGGAGGCGGAGGAGCUGAGGGGGCAGCUGCGGGAGCAGCUGGAGAGGGAGCUGGGGAAGGCGUCGUCGGAGGAUCUGGCGGCGAUGAGGGAGUUGAGGGAGAGGAUGGCUGUGGAGGUUGCUGAGGAGGUUCGGGAGGAUCAAGAGAGGGAGAGGGAAGAUGACGAGGAGAUGCUGAGAGGAAUGAAGAUGCUGGAGGUUGAGGAGGAGACGGAUGAAGAGGACGAGGAUUGA